CCGUCGCGCAAAUCAUGUGCGAACGUUAUCCGACAUCAGCCUCAACGAACCCCACCAAGACCAACGUCAGUGCAACCCCCCAUCCAUACUCGCACAGCACAUUACAGCCCACGAUGCCACUAAUAAUAAUCUCCGGUUACCCUUCCUCUGGCAAAACCAUGCGUGCGAAUGAAAUUGCGAAAUACUUCAACGAGAAAAUCGCCAGCGCCCCGCCGAACUCGCGCGAAUCCCGCCUGAACGUCCACAUCGUCAACACCGAGUCGCUCGGGCUUCAGCGAACCGCCUACCGCGAUGCAAGGGCCGAGAAGGAAGCGCGCGCGACGGAGUACUCGGCGGUGAAGCGCCUGCUGGGGAAGGAGAACAUCGUCAUAGCGGACGGGCUGUAUUACAUCAAGGGAUUGCGGUACCAACUGUACUGCGAGGCGAAGGCGGCGUUGACGCCGAGUUGUGUGGUACAUGUUGCUGCGCCGGCGGAUUCGUGUCGGACUUGGAACGGCGAGGCAGAAGAGGCGGUGAAAUACCCAGAGGAUAUACUCGAAAACUUGAUCUUUAGAUACGAGGAGCCGAACGGAAUGUCCCGGUGGGAUAGCCCGCUGUUUACGGUGCCAUAUGUGGAUGAGAAGCCGGACCUGAAGGGAAUAUGGGAUGCCAUGAUGGGGAAAGGUGGGGUGGUUAAGUCCCAUCAAGCAACUGUCCUGAGGCCUGCCGCCGCCGGCGAUUACCUGCAUGAAUUGGGGAAAACGACGCAAGAGGUUGUGUCUCUCAUUCAAGAACACCAACGGAACUUCGGAGGGGGAGGGGUAUUGCCUGUUCCUGGCUGUAGUAUUGCACUUGAACUACCUGGGAACGACUUGACACCAUCCCAGCUACAAAGCAUAAGGAGGGACUUCACGGGAUUGAAUAGGUCUCAUGUGCUGGCAAAGGAAAGGAUCAAGGAGCUAUUUGUACAGCACCUGAAUUCAAGAUUUGGAUGACACUUGCCUUCUGUUGUGGGUCUCUUGGGCGGUGUGUUCCAUCCCGUGGCUCCGCCGACAUAAAGUUUUAUUGCCUGGUGACUGGUUGCGCCGACUCGCUUAUCCCUUGGAUUGAAUAUGUAUG